CGGUGAGAAGCGGAGGCGGAGGGAGACGCGGAGCUACGCGAGGCACGCUGUCCGUUUAUUUAGCGUCAGUUUAAACGGUGCGGGAGUUGAGAGACAGAGAGAGACGCCGCGGGGUUUGGGGACGCUGUGUUCGGCUUCAGGAUGAUGAAGUUUCGGUUCAGGCGGCAGGGGAACGACCCCCAGAGGGAGAAGAUUAAGCAGGACCUCUUCGCGUUUAAUAAGACUGUCGAACAUGGAUUCCCCAAUCAGCCCAGUGCUUUGGCUUAUGACCCAAAACUGCAGCUUAUGGCCAUCGGAACCAAGUCAGGAGCCAUCAAAGUAUAUGGGUCUCCUGGAGUGGAGUUCACUGGACUUCACAAAGACACAGCUACAGUCACACAGAUGCACUUCCUUCACGGACAGGGGAGGAUCCUGUCUCUGUUGGAUGAUAACACACUGCACCUGUGGGAGAUUGGGCAGAGGGAACAGUGCUCCAGCCUGGAGGAAGUGUGCAGUUUCACCAUCCCCUGCAGAACAGUCAUCGAAAGCACCAGUGCAACACGAGUGACCGUUCUCCUGCCAAAACUCAGCUGUGACCUGCUGGCUGUGGGCACUGAAGGCGGUGGAGUUCACUUCUUGGAGCUGCCCUCUUUGACUCUUCUGGACAAGUCUCUGUUUCAGGAUGAGAUCAUGCAGAGUGUUCCUGAUGAGUAUAAGUGUGGGAAGUCUCUGGGGCCGGUGGAGUCCCUGCAGGAGCAUCCUCAGCACCCCGACAAAAUCCUCAUCGGCUACAGCAGAGGCCUGGUGGUGCUGUGGGAUCUACAAACUCGACAUGUAGACAACCUCUUUCUGGGAAAACAGCAGCUGGAGAGUUUGGUCUGGGAGCGGUCGGGGAACAGCUUUGUCAGCUCCCACAGUGAUGGCGGGUACAUGGUGUGGUCUGUUAGUAGCAGCACCCCUUGCACCAAUGAACCAGUCAGCUCCACUAUAACAUACGGUCCGUUUCCCUGUAAAGCCGUGAACAAGAUCUUAUGGAGGACCGCAGAGUCGGGAGCUCCGCUGGUGCUGUUCAGCGGCGGCAUGCCCCGCGCCAGCUACGGAGACAGACACUGCCUAACAAUACUGCAGGACAGCCAGCACGUUACCCUCGACUUCACCUCCCGAGUCAUCGACUUUUUCACCGUCCACUGCACAGACGCACACAGUGAAUUUGAUGAUCCUUCAGCCCUUGUUGUCCUUCUGGAGGAAGAGCUGGUGGUGAUAGACCUUCAAACAGCUGGCUGGCCCACAAUCCCCGCCCCUUACCUGGCUCCUCUACACUCCUCGGCCAUCACCUGCUCCUACCACAUCUCCAACGUGCCAACCAAGCUGUGGGAGAGGGUGGUCAGCGCCGGUCAGCAGCAGGGAUCUCUGCAGACUCACACGAACUGGCCGAUAUGCGGAGGGAAAAACUUAGCACCAGAUCCAAAACAGCAAGAGCUGAUGCUAACUGGUCACGAGGAUGGCACUGUGCGCUUUUGGGAUGCGUCAGGAGUGUCGCUCAGGCCUCUCUACAAACUGAGCACAGCUAACAUCUUCCAGACUGACUGUGACCACAAUGACAGCCUGACGCAGGCCGGCGAGGAGGAGUGGCCUCCUUUCAGAAAGGUGGGCUGUUUCGACCCAUACAGUGAUGACCCCAGACUCGGAAUCCAGAAGAUCUGCCUGUGUAAAUACAGUGGUAAACUGGUGGUGGCUGGAACUGCAGGGCAGGUGAUCGUGUUGUAUCUGUCUGAUGAGAAGUCCGAUCACAUGAUCGAUGUGGCCACAGUGGAUCUCCUGCAGGACCGGGAGGGUUUUACGUGGAAGGGUCACGACAGGCUGCCCCCGAAGUCUGGCUCUGUUGUGUUUGCUCCUGGAUUCCAGCCGGUUGUCCUAGUGCAGUGCAUGCCCCCCGCGGCGGUUACUGCGGUAACGCUGCACGCCGAGUGGAACCUCAUUGCGUUUGGCACCAGUCACGGCUUUGGCCUCUUCGACUACCAUCGCCGGAGCCCAGUGCUGGCAAGGUGCACACUUCACCCUAAUGACUCUCUGGCUAUGGAGGGGCCGCUCUCACGGGUCAAGUCUCUGAAGAAGUCUCUGCGGCAGUCGUUCAGGAGAAUCAGGAAGAGCAGAGUGUCUGGGAAGAAGCGUGUGUUGGUCAGCAGUCCCUCCAGUAAAGUCCAGGAGGCUAACGCCCAUCUAGCAGAGCAGGAUGCUGAGGUCACGCCGGUGCAGAGACGGAUUGAGCCACGCUCGGCUGAUGACUCACUCUCUGGUGUUGUGCGCUGUCUCUGCUUUGCUGACACCUUCCUCCGAGACGGAACGCACCAUGGCCCCACCAUGUGGGCGGGGACGAACUCGGGCUCGGUGUACGCGUACGCCCUGGACGUGCCCUCGCAGGAGAAGUUUUCGGAGCAGAGUGUGGAGGCCCUGCUGGGGAAGGAGAUCCAGCUGAUGCACAGAGCUCCGGUGGUGUCCAUCGCUGUGCUGGACGGCAGAGGAAACCCGCUGCCAGAGCCGUACGAAGUUUCCAGAGACCUCGCUAAAGCUCCAGACAUGCAGGGCAGCCAUUCGGUCCUGAUUGCCUCUGAGGAGCAGUUUAAGGUGUUCAUGCUGCCUAAAGUUAGUGCCAAGACUAAAUUUAAGCUGACGGCUCAUGAAGGCUGCCGUGUGCGGAAGGUGGCUCUGGUGAACUUCAGCAGUGUGGCUUCUGAGGAUUACUCUGAGAAUGGCCUGGUGUGUCUCACCAACCUGGGAGACAUCCACGUGUUCAGUAUACCUGCACUGAGACCGCAGGUGCGCCACGACUGCAUCCGCAAGGAGGACAUCAGCGGCAUCGCCUCCUGUGUGUUUACAAAGACUGGGCAAGGAUUCUAUCUGAUCUCGCCCUCCGAGUACGAGCGGUUCUCUCUGUCUGCGCGGGUCAUCACAGAACCGCUGUGUCAGGUGGAGUUUGAUCGACCACAUGAUUCAUCAGAAACCAGCUUCUGCACAACAGUUCCACCCCAGGCCAACGGCGCACACAAGACUCCGUCAUCAGGAGAGAGCAGGUCUGCAGGGGAGGCUGAAGGAGUGUUUGAUGAGGUGAGUCCUUUGUCCUCUUCUGCCCUGGAUUCCCCAAACAGCAGCGCUGACAUCACACUCGACACCACAGGAGAGCUCACGGUGGAGGAUGUGAAAGACUUCCUAGUGACUGUGGACGAGGCUGAGAAUAACUUGAGGAAUAUGACAGAGGAAGAUGGACGACCUUCUGGAAUUCUCAUCAACUGAGCAGAAAUGACAACUGGAGGGCUCUUACAGGAGAGGUGAUGACUAAUCUUCUGGUUUCUCCUAAUCACAACUUGAGAAGGAGGAUAUGGCUCUGGGAAUUUGGACAAUGGCGGGAAUGCUGCACGGUUCCUUGUGCCAGAAUGUGGAAUGUUUGACCUUUUGCCCUCUCCUCACCUCGUCUGUUCUCCCAGUGCGUUUCUUCCCUUCAACACUAACGCUGCUCUCACUGUGGGAGCGCCGGGGUGUUACUCCUAGAGCUUCAAAUGAAGAUCAGAGGUAGAUCACAAGUGUUGCACAACAUGCAGGCAAGAGGUGGUGGUCAUGAUACUUGAACUGACCAUGUGUUCAAGUAUAUAUGAUCUUUUGUCUUGUUUCCUUUUGCUUUACUUUCUCCUACACAUUCCUCUUUCCAUGUGCCACUAUGCCACUUUCUGCCUGUCCCCUCUCACUGUGUGUGCACCAUUUUAGAGGGAGUGUAUCCAGUAUGAAUUGUUUCUGUUGCCUCCCAACAGCUUUUUCAACCUUAUCCGUGAUGGUUUCUGCUGACACUCAGGAGGCCAUUGAAAAGUUCAUCUUAUGGACCCUGUGGGUUUAAUAGAAUAUAAUAGAUUUUUUUUGCCCUUUGCUCUCUUCCCUCUUAUUUUGUCAAUGGUUCCUGUGUAGCCACUCACCAUUAUGAAUAAUUCUGACAAUUAACUGUGAACUAUAGACGCUGAAGGAGCAUGGUGUUGUAAUCUUGCAAGUAUUCUCAUCAGUAAUUAGCCAGUUUUGAGCUUUGAGUUUAUUACUCAUGUAUGCUUUUGUUAAAGUAUUAACAGAAAAAUGAAGGAACUAAUAAUUACUGAUUUUUCUAUGUACCCUGUAUUCUAUAGAAUAAUUUUAUACCACCCAUUUAAUUUGGAUUUCUACUGUUUGUUUAUUUUUAUAUAGAGAGAUUAUUUAGGAAUUCUGUCUUUCCAAAUCAGUGAAUUUCGGAAACCACAGGUUCACUGUAGCUCAUCCAGCUGAUGAUGAAGUGACUUAGAGAAGGAAACCUUAAGAAACGAAUAUUGUGCCAACAAUGCAAAAUGUUUUGCAGUGGAUUUUAGAAUUGACUAGGAUUUUUUUUUCUUUUUACCGUCUUUUAGAAGUUAAACUGCUACAUUUGCAUCAUGUUUUCCAGGGAAAUUACGACAUACUUCACACACUGCUUGGUAAAGGUUAUACUUUUUUAACGCGGUCACUCAUUUUCUGUAGUGUUACGCCAGUGGAAUUCCUGUUUUUAGAUGUCAAUGGGACCUCACUAAUCUUGUUCAAUUAAUCUGUAUUUUUUUGUAUAUUUUUGUCUUUAUUAAGAACUUUAACCUUUACCUGUUACAUCCAAAAUCCAUAGCCUGUGAAUCUGUAUUUAAUUUGUUUCUUGUGUAGAACUGUAAUGAAGAUUAUAGCUAUGCUAAUGGAGAAUGUUAAUAAAGUAUUUACUCCUUUAA